AUUAUUCUUAUUAUUGUGUUAGCAUGCAGGUGAUCUUAUGAAGCAAUUUGAACGCCAGUACUGGUAAUUGAAGCAGGUUGCUACUUGUUGACUUCUGUUCAGCUUUAAAGAAGAAUCACAACCCAUAUCAUCUUUCUCUUUCUCGAUCCUUCCAGCUUCAGAGGCCGAGUGAGCGAUGAGGUGAGAAACCUAAUCUAUAUCUUUCGCUUGGUCUAAUUGGGAGGCCUCUUUGUCAUCAUCACAGGCGACAAAUAGAUCGAAGCGGGAGUCAGUGGCAACAUGACGAACCCCUUUCGGUCGACGCUCGUAUCUGAGGCCGAAAAUUCACAUAGUACCCCUCUCGGUCGACUCGUGUUUCUGAUGCUUAAAACUUCGCAUGGUAUCGUGCGAUUCGCAGAUUCGUUAGCAUCCCCGAUGACGCAUGCAGUGAGGUAUUGGGAUUGGAAUGAAGGGGGGGGAGGAUUACCUAGUACGCAGUAAUGGCUUUAGACAGCUAAAGAAAGGGACAUAGUGUCUUCCUUUCGCUUUUGUGAUUGCAAUCCCGAGCUUGAAGGAAUCACGACCAUUUAUGUGCCAGAUCGAUGUCCAGCGACAGAUAAGGCUUGGUCGUUUGGAGUGGUCGUGGCCAUGGAGGCGAGCACCGGGCCUCUGUUGAAGGUGUACUAUGAGAACUGCCCCGGAUGCAAGCAGGACCGGAAGAACGAGGUCCGCCGAGGAGUUCCUUACAGGGAAUUCUUCUACAUAUGGAUCGUCACGCUGUGCUCCGCCUUACCAGUAGCAUCAUUGUUUCCUUUCUUAUACUUCAUGACACAAGACUUACAUGUUGCCAAAAGAGAAGAAGAUAUUGGAUUUUAUGCUGGUUUUGUAGGAUCUGCAUUUAUGAUUGGAAGAGUUCUGACUUCAGUAUUCUGGGGGAUUGUGGCAGAUCGAUAUGGAAGGAAACGAGUUAUAGUCAUUAGUAUUAUUUCCAUAAUAUUAUUUAACACUAUGUUUGGGCUUAGCACAAGUUACUGGAUGGCACUUGUUUCAAGAUUACUUCUUGGAUGUUUUAAUGGUUUGCUUGGUCCAAUAAGGGUAUCUGCUCAAUUGGUGUUCAAAAUUCAAAUAGCUUAUGAUUCAUUGAUGCCAUACUUUCUAAUUGGAAGCUUGAUGUGGAAUUCGAUACAGGCUUAUGCUUCAGAAGUUUGCCGAAAAGAAUAUCAAGCUCUAGGAUUAUCUCUUGUUAGUUCAACACGAGGUAUAGGUUUAAUUGUUGGUCCAGCUAUUGGAGGUUUCUUUGCUCAGCCUGCAAAGAAAUAUCCGAAUAUCUUCUCCAUAAAGUCAUUGUUUGGCAGGUUUCCUUACUUUUUACCUUGCUUUUGCAUCUCUCUCAUAGCAACUGGGGCAUUGGUUGCCUGUUUCUGGCUUCCUGAGACUUUGCACAUGCACGAUAAGUGGGAAAUUGAAGAUCUGGAGGAUUCACUAAUAAGAUGUGAAACAAAAAAAUAUAAUGAAGAAAUUGAAGGAACAAUGUUGGCAUCUAAGCAAAGCUUGAUAAAGAAUCGGCCUUUAAUGUCAGCAAUCAUUGUCUAUUGUGCUUUUGCCCUUCAAGACACAGCAUAUGCUGAGAUAUUCUCCUUGUGGGCUGUGAGCAGCAAAACAUAUGGUGGAUUGAGCUUCUCAUCUCAGGAAGUUGGUGAAGUACUUGCAAUCUCAGGUUUGAGUCUCCUAGUUUAUCAACUAUUUCUUUAUCCAUGCUUUGAGAAGUAUCUAGGACCCAUCAGUUCAUUGCGUGCUGCAGCGAUUUUUUCUAUACCAUUGCUCACCAGUUACCCAUUUAUGUCUAAGCUUUCUGGAUUAAAACUUUUCUUUGUUGUGAACUGUGCAUCACUCCUGAAGAGUGCUAUUUCCGUAACUAUCACCACUGGGUUCAACAUCCUGCAGAAUAAUGCUGUGUCUCAACAUCAAAGAGGUGCUGCAAAUGGUAUUUCUGUCACUGCAUUGUCUCUUUCCAAAGCUAUUGCUCCAGCAACCGCAGGGGCUUUAUUUUCAUGGGCACAAAAGCGUCAACAGGCUUCCUUCUUAUCAGGUAUAACUUGUUUCUCUUUGAAGAUUUGUCUCGUUGCAAAAGCCUCUAUCAUUCAUCAGACAUUGCAAAAGUCCAUAAUUUUUUUUGUUUAAUACCUAACAUUUGCCAUGUAAAUUAAUCACCAAUUAACCUGAUCACGAUCUCAUGAUACUUGGAAAUCAUCUGAACUCAUCUACCUACUCUGAAUUGUUUGUAGCAAUAUUGGAUACUAUCAAGCGUACCCUUUUAGCUCUCUUCCAUUUCAUAAAUAAAUGAUUGUAGGAUCUUAUGCUAAUUCUUUAGAUUUGAAAUGUAAAGAUAUUCACAAUCGAUAUGCAUCACAGAUCAAUGUACAUCUACUUCAUGGUUAAUUUUAACCAUGGGUAAAAAUUCGAGGAAUCCGCUUGUAGGCUUCAAUUGCUUUUUUUUUUCUCGAACUCGUUUGACUCGGUUUGAUUAAUCUGAAAAUAACAUCGUAAGAUUUCAUACUGAUUAUUGUGUUGGGACGCAGGCGAUCAUAUGAUCUUCUUUGUACUCAGUGUGAGUACAAUGAUUGGGUUCCUAUUGACCUUCAAACCUUUUCUGACUCUACCCAACUCCA